UACAAUUUCAUUAUACCACUCCACCACCACCAACAACAACAAUUGCAGCCUACUCUUCCUUGAUCCUUCAUAUUUCCAUCAAGUGAUGGCGGCCUAUGCCGCAGCGGUCUCUCUCAAGAAUACGAUUCAGUGUAUUCUACAAUCGUCUCGCAUUUCGCUGGUUCCUCCCUCUCCACAAAUCUUACACCCGGCCUACAAGGCCAUGUGUCGCUUGCAGAAAGUUUUACUAAAAUUGGAUGAGACGGGCUACAGCAAGAUCAGGACGAAGGUGAAUGCUUUGGAUGAACAAAUCAAAGAGGCCAUAUGGGAAUUCGAAGAUUUACUAGAAUCUCAUUUCUACGAUCAGAUUCUUCAACAACUUGAGAGGGAUCACUCAUCUUUCUCUCUAGAUCUGCAGACUCUGCGAGAGAGGGUUGAUAACUUCAUCGAAAGGGUGACGGUGAUGAAGACAGAGUACGAUACUGAACUGCUGAGUAUGCCUGAAGAAGAAAGCGAACCUAUCUCCUCAAGAAUUGAUUUUUGUGGAAUCAACUCAAAGAGGUUUGGAUCAUGCAAUUGUUAUAAGUUUACCAAAGAUAAUAUUCUUGCAGAAGGUCAAGGAAUUUGCUUUUCCGUUAUUGGGAUGGCAGGGGUUGGGAAGACAACUCUGGCUAAGAAAGUAUUUGACGAUCCAGCGAUUCAGAGACAUUUCGAGCUUCGAGCAUGGGUCAAAGUGGGCAGAAAAUGUGAAUCCAAUGAAACAUUACGAUGCAUUCUGGCUCAACUGGAUCCCAGCACUCGCGACCAAAUGCUUAACCAAGGAGAGGAUGGCGACGACGACUUUGAGAAAUUAUUUGGAGUCUUGGAAGAGAGACUGAAGGAUAAGAAAUGUCUCAUUGUGAUGGAUGAUGUAUGGGAAUGGGACAGACAACUGAUGGAUAGAUUUCCAAAAGAGAAUGUCCGAGUCUUGCUUACAAGCAGGCUUAGAAUGAAAGAAUUUCCAUUUCUAAGAAUGUGCCUGUUAGAUGAAAAAGAAAGUAAGAAAUUACUUGGUGAGAAGCUGUUUGGUGAACAUGGUUUCCCUCCUCACCUUGAGAAACUAGGAGAGAAGAUUGUCAAAAAAUGUGAAGGUAUUCCACUUUUGAUAGUCACAGUUGCAGAGCUCCUAUCUAAAGAAGAUAUAACCCCACAAUACUGGACAGAGGUAGUCGAAAAACAACAUAACUCAGUCUUCGUGGAUGCAUAUGAUCAAAUAUCAGAGGUACUUUUCCCAAGCUAUGAAUACUUGCAUCAACAUUUGAAAAUGUUCUUUCUCUAUUUGGGAGCUUACCCUCCAUAUAGUGAUAUCCACAAAAGUGAAUUCGAGCAUCAGAUGAUUGCUGAAGGAUUUCUUGAACCGAUUAGAGAACAUACUAUACAAAAAUAUAUCCAGAACUGCUUAGCAAUGCUUCAUGACAGGUAUAAUCUUAUUAUACACAAAGGCAAUGUAAAUUCUUGGUUUUCACAACACAAGUUGUGUGUGCCUUCUUGCUGGCAGCACGUGUGUAAGAAAGAAGCUAGUAAGACCAAGUUUUUGCAUGUUUUACAAAGUUGUGAUGAAGUUAUGAAAGACCAACGUCGGUUAUGUGCCCAUUGGAACACUUGAUUUGCCUUCAAAGAAGUGUAUGAUUCAAUAAACAGUGAUUGUGCAUCAACUGCCCGUUCUCUCCUCUGUUUUGGUCCUAACCACCAUUAUCCGGUGCCAAUACAUGUCAUGGAUUUCAAGUUGCUAAGGGUACUAAAUGCUUUUAGUGUCCGAUUUUACCAUGUCCCACUUGAAGUUAUGAAACUAGUUUGUCUGAAGUACCUUACCCUAACUUGCAGCAAAGAGCUCCCUAAUCACAUAUCCAACCUUAUUCACCUUCAAACAUUGAUUAUCAAAAGGCAUAUUAACAUUAAAAAGCGUGGAGUUUUGUCAUAUAUGCCGGUGGAAGUAUGGGGCAUGCAAGAACUACAACAUCUUGAGGUCGUAGGAAGAGACUUACCAACCCCUAAUUCUGAUGCUACUUUGGAAAAACUCACUUGUCUUUGUAGUGUGACUGCAAAGAGUUGCACUAGAGAAUUUUUGAAAAGAAUCCCUAAUUUAGAGAUACUAGGAAUUCUGAUGGAGUUGAAGCCUUACGAUGACGGUGAUAUCAGCCCACUAAGUGGCUUGGAUAAUAUCUCUAAAAUACUCCAGAAUUUGGAGAAGCUUGUGUAUACUGUACCGAACCCUGAGAUGAAAUAUGAGUGUAUGGUUCCUCUUUCAAUGUUCUCGUCAAGUCUGUUUAUGUUGGAAUUGAGUGGCUUAGGGUGUCCAUGGAAGCACAUGAAUGAUAUUGGUUCGCUGUUACCAAAUCUUCGAAAUCUCAAAUUAGAACACUAUGCCUUUCGAGGAUCAAAGUGGGAUAUAGAAUAUGGUUGUUUUAUGAAACUUGAGACACUUGUAAUUGAAGAUACCGAUCUAGUGCAAUGGAAAGCUCAACAUGGAAGCCUUCCAAAGCUUCGCCUCCUAAGCAUACGGCAUUGCUACAAAUUAAAGCAACUCGAUUGGAUGCGUGACCCUUCAACGGCCACAAAGACUACAAUUGAAUUAGUUGAGUGCAAUCCCUUAGUUGCUGGUUCUGCAGGGCAUUUGAAAGAAUCUCUCUUUAGAGUUCUUUGGCACUCUUCUGUUGUUUAGAUGAGUAGCCUUUGCUAGACUCUCAACUUGGUUCUGGAAAAUGAGAGAGCAGAAGGGAUAAGACGUCGAGUUAUCCCAUCAUUUUAAGGAUUGUGAUUUGUUAUCGAGUCCGUUGUAUUUUUAAGUCGUUUUCUGUAAUCGAGUUAUAAUCGCGUGUGGGCAUGAGCUCCUUCAUGGGUUUUUCUUCGUUUGGUUCUUUUCCCAUGUCGUAGUGUUUGAAUCAAACAAGACUCUUAUUUCUUAAUACUGCAAA